AUGGAGAUGAGCAGCUUCCUGAGUGAAUUUGGUUGCCCACAUGCCGGGGUUAGCAGUGGGGAGUUUGCCCAGAGGUUCAGAACAAGAGAGAACUGCUUGUUACUACUAGACUACCUUCUGACUGAGCUGCAAGCAGCACAGAUGACACACGCAAAUCACCCAAGACCGCCGACUACCCCCACUGGGCAGGCUCCCACUAGCCUGCACUCAGGUGAACUGAAGGCCAUCUGUAUCACCCUGGGGAUGUCUCGCCCCCCUGCCAACAUCACAACCUUCCAGUUCUUUACCGGAGUAGAGAAAAAGUUAAGAGAGUUCCUAAGCAAGGUACCACAGGACCAUAUAGGAAAACCCCUUAUGAAGCGUGCCAUGGCUCCUGGACAGUGGGCCCAACUAGACAUAAUCAAUAGGAAGUUGUCAGAAGAGUACAGAGUCCGUCGAGAGAUGUUGCUGAAACGACUUGAUGUCACUAUUCAGUCUUUCAACUGGUCAGACAGAACAAAGGGGAGGGAAGACGCUGUAGCCCAGGCCUUCAGACCCAAGAGACAAGGGCUGUCCACACAGACCAACGUCAUACUGGCUGAUUUACUGGCAGCAAGAGAAGAUAUUGCCAGAAUCCAGAAGACCUCCUACGGUGCAACAAGACACAACUGUGCCAUCAACAAAGUCCUCAUGGGCAGGGAGGCUUUGGUGGAGGCCGAGGGGGACAGAGAGGUGGAUAUGGAGGCGGAGGGGACCGGGGUGGCAGUGCUCGGGGAGGGAGAGUGCAAGGAGGCUGGUCGGAUGGUGGAGACCACGGCGGCGGCCGCGGCGGUGGAAGGGGCGGCGGCCGGGGGGGAGGUCGCGGGGGCAGAGGUCGUGGCGGGUGGGGAGGGGGCAGAGGUCAACAUUACCAGCAGCAGCAGGGGGGCUGCAUUCUAA